AUGCGGCAUGGUAUGGCAGGGAUGAACAGGGAGGUUGAUGUCAGAGGAAGGCCAAACAUCUUUUCGGACCUGGAGAUGGAGUUUGAUUCAGGGCCAUGGCUGCUCUUCCGUGGUCAGCUCCCUGGUCAUCUCACGGAGGACAAUGGUUUCGAUGUUUUCAUCAAUGGACGACGUGGUGUUGGCAUGAGGAGGGCCAACAUUGCAGACUACUUUGUUGGGCCUGGAUUGGAUGAUCUUAUCGAGCAAUUGACUCAGAACAAUCGUCGAGGACCACCACCUGCUGCGCAGUCCUCGAUCGAUGCUAUGCCCACAGUUAAGAUCACUCAGAGGCAUCUCAGUGGGGAUUCGCACUGCCCUGUCUGCAAGGAGAAGUUUGAGUUGGGAUCGGAAGCAAGAGAGAUGCCAUGCAAGCAUUUAUACCACUCCGAUUGCAUAGUUCCUUGGUUAGAGCAGCAUAAUUCCUGUCCCGUUUGCCGUUAUGAGCUCCCAACACAGGGUUCUAUUACAGGAGCUAGCUGCUCACGCACAAGAUCAACCAACCAAAGCCAGAGCUCAAGUAGUUCAAGCAGCAGCGGGAGAACCAAUGGGCGUCAAAGGAGAAGGAACCCGUUCUCGUUCCUGUGGCCUUUCCGCUCAUCAAGUUCUCGCUAG